CAGUUCGUUGCAAAAUGUCGGCCUCGUUGUGGUCAAGAGACCCGGACAAGUUCAUGCCCAAGCUGCUGAAUCAUUUAAGUAAAGCCAGAGCCGUCGCCGCCGGCACAGAAGACGAAGCUUUACUCGUGAGCUUCAAAAAGAUGGAAGAACAACUUGAGAACAUCAAAGGCGUGCUGCCCAGAGUGAAGCACUGGGAGCAAACUCUGGUAAACCAGUUCACUAACUUGGAGCGCCGCCUCGACAAGAUCCUCUUGGGAACUGAGACCUCCGUCGAGGCCAUCACCGCCACACUGAAUCGCAUGUUUCAAAAUGUGGAGCAGAUCAAAGUCUCAUACCCUCUAGUGCAGCUGAUGCCUUCACCCGAGCGCAGUUCGGAGCCGACGUGGAGGCACAGGUCUCAACCUGAGUUGAGUCUGACUGAUCGGGAAAUGUCACCGGAGUGGUCCGAGCUCGGCCUCGAAACUUGGGUUGAUAACACUCGCGGCAUGGAGGAUAUUAAGAGGAGCUAUGAACAUCUUGAGAGUGUUGAGUUGAAGAUGUGCUGUCUAUCUCUUUCAAUAUUCCCUCCUGAUUCUGUGAUCAAGAAGAGGCCUCUGAUAUACUGGUGGAUUGGCGAGUGUUUCGUCACAACAACUCAAGACAGAACAGCUGAAGAGACAGGUGAGGAGAUCUUCCGGAAACUCAUAACCUCGACGACUCCACCAACGCACUCCCUCCGCCGACGAGCUCUGCUCUCGGAGGUCAGGCGCUUACCAGAACAUACCCAAGUUCAACCACAUAAUGCAAUCAGUUCAGUGGCUGCAAAUAGUUGUACAGUGCAUCCUUGGGUUCGUCAUAUGUUGGUCUCCUUGGCCAAGCAUGCUAAGCUUUUCGACUUCGAUUCGAGGUGGCCGAGGAUGCCGUCUUAUAAGAAAGAUAGUAGUUCAAGUUGUAGACGUGCUUGUUUAGUUUAUGACAACCCAAUUCCGCAGGGAGCUAAUGGCCGGAAAGUGGAGGAUCUAAUGACAGUGUUCAAUGUGAACGAACAGUAUCUUAUUUUGAAACGGGAGUGGCUUAAGAAGUUGAAAAGAGUUGAGGUGAUUCAGCUAGGUCGGUGGCAGAACUUGGCUUCACAUCACAUUGAAGUCGAAGAUGAGGGGUUUUUGAAAGGCUUAGGAGCACAGAAUAAGCUCUUGAAGUAUCUUAGCCUACGAGGGAUAUUAGGAAUUACCAAACUACCUUCUUCUAUCUUGAAGCUUCUCAACCUUGAAAUUCUUGAUCUGAGGGCGUGCCACAGCUUAGAGACAUUGCCUCCGGAUAUCUCACCAUUGAGGAAUCUCACACAUUUCGACAUAUCCGAGUGUUACUUGCUAGAAGCAAUGCCGAAAGGGAUUGAAAAGCUGUCUUCUCUUCAGGUGCUAAAAGGCUUUGUGAUUGGAGAUUUGGAAGGAACUCCCUGCAGAAUUGGCGAUCUUGCACAGCUGAGGCAUCUAAAGCGGCUUAGUAUACACAUGGGGAAUCAAGCUGAAGUUCAAAAGGGGGAGUUCCACAAUUUGAAGGAUAUUGUAUCUCUUCGCCACCUCAAACUAUCUUGGGGCGUGGUCUCUCCAAACUUGAAAGCAAAAGUUGCUUUCCAGUCCUUGGAGUUCUCCUUUCCGCCGGAUUUGGAAAAGUUGGAUCUUCAAGGCAUCCCUCUAGCACAUGUACCAGAAUGGUUGAACCCUGUCCAGCUGAAGAAGUUAAAGAAGCUCUAUAUAAGGGGAGGGGAAUUUGAUAGCUUGGAUCAUGGAGAGACUGACAAAUGGACAGUUGAAGUCUUGCGUCUCAAGCACUUGAAUAACUUGAUAAUAGAUUUGCCAAAGUUGAAGGAUGAGUUUCCUCGUCUGCGCUACUUGGAAAAAAUCAACUGUCAUGAGAUUGAAAAGGAUCGAUACGAUGCCAAUAUUAUUUGGAGUGAAGAUGCAGGGUACAACUGUGUUUGAGUAGGUUAGUAACCAAUGAAAAGUAUUCUCUUUUCAGACGAUCUAGGA